GAUACGCUACAUAAAUUCUCUACGUCCAUCGACUUAUAGAGGAUUCUUCUGUUCCCAGUGAAAUCUCAGUGAUAAAGAUGGCGGAGAGGGAAGUAGUAGCGGCGGCGGCUGAAGAACUGGACUUUGUGCAGCUGAAUGACUUGGCAUGCGAGAGGAACGGCGGGCGGGUCAUCUUUGCUACAGAUGAAUGGUUUGCUCCUGCCGCCAACCUUCUCAAGAGAGACGCUCCUCAGUUCGACUCCUCGGCCUUCACUGACUUUGGUAAAUGGAUGGACGGAUGGGAGACCAGGAGGAAAAGGACGGCUGGGUUUGACUGGUGCAUCAUCCAGCUCGGUGUACCAGGGGUCAUCCACGGUCUGGAUGUGGACACGUCCUUCUUCACCGGGAACCACGCACCGCACGUCUCCAUCCAGGCCGCAUGUCUGAACGAGCCUCCUGACUUGACCCUGGAGGGAGAUCGCACCGGUAUGGCUGCCUCCGACAGCCAGCUAGCUGCUGUCGCCACGCUGUGUUCAGAGUCCUGGGCGGAGCUGGUUCCCAUCUCACAGCUGAAACCCGGGUAUUCAGAUUCCUGUCACAACUACUUCCGGGUCGGUUGUCCUGCCAGAGUCACACACCUCCGUCUCAACCUGUACCCAGAUGGAGGCGUGGCCAGGCUGAGGGUGUAUGGCAUCGGACAGAGGGACUGGUCAUCUCUGCCCGGCCAUAUGAACAUCGACCUGGUGGCCCUGGCCAAUGGGGGCGUCUGCCUCGGCUACAGCGACGCCCACUUUGGACACCCUCGCAAUAUGAUUGGUCCUGGAAGAGCCGUUAACAUGGCAGACGGAUGGGAGACGGCUCGCAGACUGGACAGACCCAAACAACUGAAGACGGAUGAGCGAGGAAUCCUGCAGCAGUCCGGAUGGGAGUGGGCCGUGUUUCGACUGGGUCACCCCGGCCUCGUCACUGAAAUACACAUCGACACCAACCACUUUAAAGGUAACUUCCCAGACUCCUGCAGGAUGGAGGCGUGUUGUCUGACCCUGGAGGAGGAGGUCCGGUCCAUCAGAGAUGGAUGGAAUCAUGGGAAAUGGGAGGAGCUCCUUCCUCCUCAGAAACUCCGCCCCCACCAUGUACACGUCUACAGACGGGAGCAGCUAGUUGUGAGAGGAGCUGUCAGUCAUGUUCGUCUGGUCAUCGCUCCGGAUGGCGGCGUCAGCAGGCUGAGACUCUGGGGUCGCCCGACGCCCACCUCAGCAACCACCACCCCAGAACACCAGGGACCCCGUGCCAAACUGUGACUCCAGAACCCUGUA